AUUCGGUCUUUUUUUUCUUCGUGCAGAGAGCAGCGCAUGAUCUGCUCUACAAGCCAUAAUGGAUGCUGCGCUUGCAGUUCCGCUGGAUCACGAUGAAGACGUUGCGAUAGCAGCACGAGGUUCUCGGUUCCUUCAAUUACCUCAGUACCCCCUUAAUAUUUGCUUUGGGCACUGGGCACCUCACCAUUGAUGUUUCACUUGGUGGAUGAUGACAGGGCUCUGCGAGCUAUUACGGGUGUCUAUUGUCUUAAUAUUUGCUUUGAAGAUUUUACUUUUAGGAGGUCUCUUCAAUGUCUUCAUGGUGGUGGUCAGAAAAAUAAGUAGUCAAUUAGUGACGAGUGUCUCAACAUGUGUUUGUAACAUGUACAAAGAUAGAUGUUCAGGAACCAUCGUCCGAUAUUAAAACCGUUUGUUAGAGGCACCAACGCAACAUCAUGUGGCAGAUAACCAUCUUUUCCAUGUGGCGCACGAGAUGAGGAUGAUUUACUUCGUUUGAAUAAACCCAUUCUGAGCUGCUCCUCUCCGUGGUCCGUCGCAGAGAAAUAGAAAUAGCAUGGGCCAAGCCGUGUCUGCGCUUUCCCAGAAAGUCAAGCCCAACGCCAGUGCUUCGUCCGUCGUUCCGUCGCCCGCGAGUAAGCGCACUAAGGAGCUGCUGGACCAAGAGAAUGAACAGCCGUGGAUUACCGCGCCCUCCUUGCAGCACCUACGCUCCAUUGUGGAACAGGCGGGGACAAGGAUAAACUUGAACAGCUUCGAGGUAAAGGCGACGAUCGGAAAGGGAAAUUUCGGCCGGGUCCGGAUGGUGCGCUUCAAAAACUCGCCCGACACCACCCCGUUCGCGCUCAAGAUCCUGCACAAAAUGAAAAUCGCGAACGAGUGGGGCGGCAGCAUUUCCCACGCGGCCCGGGCAGUUUUGCGGGAGACAACAAUCUUGCAAGCUGUGGAGAACCCGUUCAUUGUGAACGUUUUGAAGGUACUGAGCGAUAUUGCACUCGUGAAAGAACAAGAGCCGUAAGCUUAUGAAAAAUUUUCUGUGCGCUAUUUCUUCUACUUGUUGGACUCGUUACGUUCGUUCUGACUUCUUCAUCAAUAAUUACGUAUUCUGUGCUCCUGGUGGAGGAGAAGGCAUUGGUUGAUGUUGAUCGGUAAUCAUGUACGUUCGCUGCGCCACCAUCUUUUACUAGGUCUUCCAUAACGAGAAGAAAGUUUUCAUUCUGAUGGAGUUCGUCAAUGGCGGGGAGAUGUUCCGGCUGAUACACAAGACCAACGGCCUCACGUUGGACCUGAUCCAGUAUUUCGGCGCCGAGAUCGUGAUCACAAUGCGGCACCUGCAUGACCGUUUCGUUUGCUACCGCGAUCUGAAGCCCGAGAACGUGUUGCUCGACUAUCCUCUGUAAAAACGCCCUCAGAUGACCACAGUCGAGGUCGGAAAGAACCUGCUAUACAGUUUCAGUCCAAUAAGUUUUGCUUUUGGCUGCUGCCGCGCAUGACAAGUUUGAGUCUGUGGUGUAGUACUACGGGGACGGUUUUUCAGAGGAUGCUGGUUGCUCCGGCCACAUCAAGCUGAUUGACUUUGGUUUGGCGAAGAUCCUGGAAAAGCAGAACGAUUUCAAGACCCGCACCUGCUGUGGCACCCUGUGCUACCAAGCGCCGGAGGUCAUUCUCAACAAGGAGUACUCGUUUCAAGUCGACUGGUGGGGCGUUGGCGCCUUCAUUUUCGAAAUGAUGAGCGGAAAAGCGCCCUUUGGCAACGACAACACCUUCGCAAUACAGCAACGUACCAACAUAUUCAUUUUCAUAUCUGAUUCACAUUUAUGGAUUUUCGAGUUUUUCCUUGCACAACGCCGCCUUUAGCUUGGUCGUGUGUUUUGUUGGUCAUCAAGAAGCAAACAAAAACUUCUCCUCGCGCAUCCGUGGUUGAUCUCUGUGAGAAUCAAUUUAUGCAGCGGACCCUGCUUUUAUUUCUAUGAAGAACCAUCGCCAUGCAUGAUGCAAAAAGAAAAACAAUCAAAAUUUGCACCAAAAAAAAGGUAUCCUCUCCACCUCCAUCCUGUGGCCAAAAUCCCGAGACGUUGCCCUGGUGCGCAACAAGCCGCUCUCUUCUAUGGCGUUCUCAACUGUUACAUUCUCAACUGUUACAUGAAUUCGCGAUGCAAGAAUGGCAAAAGUCAAAGGGGUGACCUUGCGCGUCUAGCAUGACAGAUUUGGCACAGAUUCUCAGCCUGUUUGGCUCUUCGAGAAUUUGUCAUGCGGAGCAGCUUGAUCGUAUCAGUUCUAAUUGUGAUUUUGCAUGACAAAUCGUGUAACAGUUGAGAAUGUAACGUCUGAGAACGCCAUAUCUUCGCUCAUUUCCCAGUUUCUGACGCAGAAACCGGAAAAGCGGCUGGGAUCCGCCGAUCCCAUGAAGAUCGAGAAGCACCCGUUCUUUCAAACGAUCUACUUCGAGUCCAUCCGGAAACGCGCCGUCAAGCCACCGUACCGACCGAAUCUGUCCUCCGCGGAGGACUUCUCCAUGUUUCCAAAAUACGCCGAGUCGGUGGAGGACUCUAUGCCGGACCUGUAUCACGUGAAAAAAUGUCUGGGUCUGGAAGAAUGGAAGGCUUGUCAUGCUUGUCUGGCAUGACCCAUGAUGCUUGUAUAAUGCAUGACCCAGCAUCACAGAUUUUUGGAAAGCUUCCUGAUGCCAUUUCCGCAUGACAAAUGCCCUCCUUGCGUAGCACAAAUGUGGCUCCUCUUGCUGGUCAACAUGCAAUACAGAUUCUUUUAGAGUCCAAAGCUAGCAUCACAAGUUCCAACUUUCCAGACCCAGACAUUUUUACAUUUGAUAACCUGAGUAAAAAGGACAAACAGGCCUGGAUCCACGAGUUGAAUAUGCCGCUGUGUCAUUAG